AUUAUUAAAAACUAUUGAUUGACUAAAACAUAGAAGCUAGCAAUAGGAAAAAAUUGUACACGUAUAAAUCGCGUUGAGUUGUUAUCUGGAAGAGCUUAUGCUCUCUGAUCGCAAUUUCUAGCAUGGAACCAUCAGCUUCAGCUCCACCUAAACCGUGGGAGAAAGUAGCAUCCUCAUCUGGGACUGCACCUUUUAAACCCCCAUCAGCAGGUAGAACGAGUGAUGUAGUCGAGUCUUCAGGAACUGCAAAACCAGGGGAAAUAGUUUCAUCUUCCAAUAACUCUGCAAUUGUCAAUAGGAAUGCUCUUGGAAGACCCCUUCCCACAAGGCCUUGGGAGCAGAAUUAUGGAACUACCAACUAUGGAGGUUAUGGUUCUACAAUGAAUUACAAUUCUGGAUAUGGAUCUUAUGGCGGAGUGGGAGGGUUUAGUGGUGGAGGAAUGUAUGGCAACAGUAUGUACGGGGGAGGAUAUGGGGGGCUUUAUGGGUCCUCUGGGAUGUAUGGAGGGGGAAUGUAUAAUGGUGGCUUUGGUGGUCCUAUGGGUGGUUAUGGCCUGGGUGGUGGUCCUUAUGGAGCUGAAGAUCCCAAUAAUCCAUAUGGUGCUCCUUCAGCGCCUCCAGGAUUUUGGAUUUCUUUUAUACGUGUGAUGCAAGGCGUGGUUAACUUCUUUGGUAGGAUUUCAAUUCUCGUAGACCAGAACACGCAGGCUUUCCAUAUGUUCAUGACUUCACUUCUUCAGCUUUUUGACCGGUCUGGUGUAUUGUAUGGAGAGCUAGCUAGAUUUGUGUUACGGUUGCUUGGAAUCAAAGCUAAACCCAAGAAGAUUAACCCUCCAGGUCCAGAUGGACUUCCACUGCCUGGGCCACACACUUCCUAUGUAAAUCAGAACAAUAUUGAGGGAUCAAAAGCUGCUCCAAGUGGUUCCUGGGACAAUGCAUGGGAAUAUGAUACCAAUAAGUGAUGAAAUGAAUCUGUUUUGCUGAUAAGAGCGAAUCCAAAUACAGUAUAAGGAAUUGAGAAACAGCUGAAGCAAUGCAAACGAAGAUACUGAAAAUGUGCAAGUCAUGCUUAAACUGGAAUUUUCAGUCUGCUUUGCUUGGAUGGGUUUGUUUUACCGGAAAUGGAUCACAAUGGUAAACUGGCUGGUAAAACAAACCAGUAAUACAUUUACCUUUAAAGCAUCUGCUCGGAAUUUUGUAGGAUGCUGUUUGUAUAGAUAGUUGUAUUACUCUGUAUUUCAAAUGUUGGGGGAGACAAAUUCAAUUUCUGGUUUUAGAAACUGAUUUCUUAUGUAAUUUUGCAUUUCUGAGCAAUCAAUUUCUCAUGUAAGUUCUGAAAAUUACAUAGAAAAUAUAUAUAACGUUUUCUCUUCUGUUUA